AUGCACUCCUCCGAUCCAAGUAUGCUUGACCAAGUUCGGUUGUUCAAUGUUAUCGCCGAAAGAACCAGUGAUCAAUUAAAUUCUUCCUCUGUUGGGAUGAAAGAAUCAUACCAAAAGAAUCAAACCGCUGCAACCUUCUCAAUUCGUAGCGUUGAUAAUAAUAACAACAUUGAUCAAAUACUCUUCAUCUUGAACUGCAACGGCAUGACCAGAGAUUUUGAAGAUUUUACACGUAGACAUAUCCCAUCGGUUCAUCCUGUACACAACGUAGAGCAUGUGAUGGGCAUUAGUAAUAGAUUGUAUUCCGACGAUGAUGAUGAUGAGUUCUUGUUAAACAACGAUCACUGUGAUCCAAAAGUUCAUCUUGUACUUCAUCAAGGAUGUAAUGAUCAAGAAAAUACUGUUCGUCAUCACAGCCUUCAUCAUCAUGAUGGAACAUCCAUAUCCUCCAAUGAAUUGCAAAGUAACUCUCCGAGCAGUAGCACAAAUAGUUGUCCAAACACAACAACAUCCUCUCCAUACAACAUGAUCCGUGAUGAUCAUCAUACCCUUUGUAAAAAGUUCAGUUCAGACACAAGAAGCGUUGCUUUAAACAGUGGCGAUCAUUCAUCAUCCAUGUUAUCACAACAAUUGUAUCAUUCUUCCAUGUCAUCUCAUUGUGGCCACUCUCAACAUUCUUGUAACACAUCGGAUGACAUCCAUACAACUUCACAAAAUUGUGAUGCAGCAGUGGAAUCUCUUUCAAAUCAUCAUCCUCAAAUUCACUCACGAUCCAGUAACAAGAAUCGAUCAACAAGAAGGACCACAGAGAUGUUAUCCAAUAACAUCAACAAUAAGCGUUUCUCAGUAGACAGUGUAAUGGUAGUCGAUUGUCAUGACAAUCUUGCAUCAUCACCAUCAGCUUUGUCUAAUGAUGAUCAUGUUAUUGUCAGCCAAAAUUCUUCACAGCGCAACGAGUUGGAGAAUAAUUCAACAACACAACACCAUGAUUCAUUAAUCCCAGUACAACCUUACAAAGACUUUAAAACUUUUGAAAAGUGUGAAAGUACAGAAUCGUCAUCUUCUGAAAGUGAAGAGGAAAAAAGAGACAAAAAAAAGGAGAGAAAGAGGAAGACCAAACCAACAACAGUACUCUCUUUGAAUGAAGACUCAUCACAAAAGUACCAUAGCUUCAGAGAUGCAAGUGUGAUCGUUCUUUCAGAGGUGAAUAAGCCUCUCACCGCCACUGAUUUAACAAAACUAAUUUUUGAAAGGAAAUUAGUGAAAAGUGCUGGCAAAACGCCUGAAAGAACUGUUGCAGCAAUGAUGUAUCAGGAAAUUAAGAAAAAGAAGAAUGCUUCGACAUUUUCAUUAUUUGGAUCUGGAUUAUUUGGGCUAACUGCUUGGAAAGCAACUACUAGCAGUUCGACCGUUGAUCAUGAAGACCAAGAUGACAGUGUAUCUAUAUAUACAUCUUCUUCCUCUAAAUCUUUUGAUGUGACAACAAAUUCGAAUCCUGAAUCACAUGAAAUCAAGGACUCAACGAAAAAGAAAAGAAAAAAACAUAUGACAAACGAAAAGAACAGACAGACAGAGGAGGAAGUUAUUGCUAAGCGAAAGCCAAGACGUCUCAUACAACACUUACCCUUCAAGGUCUUAUCAGGGAUUGCAAAUGAUGAAGAAAAUGUGUCCAUCUCAACUCCAAGAAAGAAAAAGAAGGAUAAACGAGAGUACGUGAAGGAUCAAGAUAUUGGUUUGACUGAACUCUCUUCCAAAGACCUUUUCUCUGUGUAUCUUUCCAGGCUUGAAGCAAAAGAAGAAACAAAGGUUCACGAAGAUGAAUGUUUUAUAUGCAAGAAUGGUGGAGAGCUGAUUUGUUGUGACUUUAAAUGCUGUACAAAAGUAUACCAUCUGGAAUGCGUUGGCCUAACAGAGAUACCUUCAGGCGAUUGGGUUUGUCCACAACACUUCUGCUCUGAAUGCAACAGCUCAUCUGUUGUAAAGAAGUGCUUUACUUGUCCGUACAGUGUUUGUGACGAGCAUGUUUCUUUUAUGAAAGACAAGAUUGACUUGGAGCGAUUUGUAUGCUCACAUUGUAAAUCUCUCUGUGAAAAACACGGAUUAAUGUCCAAUAGCAAACACUAA